UACCCUGCCGAGCUCGACAAGCAUGGUUCGUAUUCUCGCUGCUGCUCUUGCCGCCGGUGUCGUCGCCGGCCAGGCCACGACCGCGCCGACUGCCGCCGCCAACAAGUGGACCAUGACCACAAUCAACUCGGUGCAGGCGCGCGUCGUCUCGGACGCGGCGACGUGGGACGAGACCGCCAAGAAGUUUGGCCUCGUCCUCAAGCAGAACACCAACACGUUCGAGGAGAGAUAUCGCGCCGCCAUGGACACGGUCAACACGGCGUCCGUCGAAGGCGCGCUCUUCUACGUGCAGACCGAGGGCAUCAACAAGGCCGACUCGGUCAACUGCAUGCGCAAGACCAACAUGAGCUACGUCUGGUUCCUCAACGUCACGAUCGUGCAGCCGACGUUCGCGAUCGCCGAGUACGCCGACAACUCGGGCGUCGUGCCCGAGCGGCGCCGGCAUCGCACAAGAAGAGGACAAGAAGAGGAUCGUGUGGCAAAGGAGCUCCGUGUAUUCGCUCAAUGA